CGGCUCGAAGCGAUACCCGUUAAGUCAUAUCUUAACAUUUUGGUGCUCUUGUUGAGAGAAUGGCGGCAACACCACCUGAUCCCAAUUCCACGGCGGCUCUUGCGGCAGCCAUGGAAAAGAAACUUUCAGAGAUGUUCUGGGAAUUUUCAGAAGUGCAAAAGGGAGCCAUACACCAGGAGAUUGUCUCGGUCCACAAGAAGAUCGACUCGCUGAACACCCGGAUCGAGAAGGUGGAGAGCAAUCAGGGAGAGGCGUCUCAUGUUCGGCACGACAAGGUAGUCCGCAACAGUGAAGAUGAAGGUUCCUCCAGGUUUCACCGAUUCAAGAUGGACCCUCCCGUGACGGAUGGGACGGAUCCGCACACCUGGUUGUUCAAGGCAAAGGAAUUCUUUGAAUUCAAUUCAAUCCCGGAUGAAAAGAGGUUGAAGGUGACCGGGUUGAUGUUAGACGGCGCGGCGGUGGAGUGGUUUCGAAGAAUGAAGAGGAAUAAUCUGAUCAACACUUGGGCUGACUUCGAAGAGCAAUUUAAAUUCAGAUUCGACCCCGAGAUGUAUGAGGAUUAUUUCGGAUUGUUAUCAAAGUUGCAACAAACCACCACAGUGAUGGCAUACCAAACUGAAUUUGAGCGGCUGAUGAAUAAGGUGGAAGGGGUGAGUGAAGAUACGUUAAUUUCGGUUUUUAUAUCGGGGUUAAAAGAUCCGAUCCGCAGGGAAUUACGGGUCAACAGGCCCACGACGCUGAAUGGGGCAUUUGCACUGGCCCGAGAAACAUCCGCUAAGUACGACGAACUACAGACCCCCAUUAGAAGAAAUUGGGCUCCUCAAGGCCAUCGACCCAACACUGCUAAUCCUUCAGCCCAGACGGCGGCUAUAACACCAUAUGUGCCUCCCACUAAAACUCCACUGUUGGCUACUCCUAAAGGAAUCCCGGCAAGACCCAUACGAAGAAUAUCUCCGGCGGAAAAAUCUGAGAAGGACGCUAAAGGAGAAUGCUAUUUUUGCCCUGAAAAGUGGUCCCGAGGUCAUUGCUGUAACGGGCGAUAUUUGUUGUUGGUAACCAGCGAAGGAGAGGCGGACGACGAGGGAUUGAGUGUGGAAGCAGAGGCGGUGAUUGAAGGGGACGUCUCAGUAUUACAAAGCCUCGCGGGAACAACGACUCCUAGGUCGAUCAGGCUUAAGGGUGUGAUUGAAGGGCAAGACGUAGAUGUAUUGGUGGACGGAGGUAGUACGCACAACUUCGUGCAUCCAAAGACUGCCGAGAAACUACGGUUGGCGCUCACAGACAUAGAUCCUUUCAGGGUUUACGUAGGGAAUGGUGAUUCCCUAAUAUGCCGAUCACGUUGUAACCAAGUUUCAAUGAGGGUCCAAAACCACAUGUUCACGGUGGAUUUAUUCGUCUUGGCCGUUCACGGCCACGAUAUCGUUUUGGGAGUGCAAUGGCUGAGAUCGCUGGGAAAGAUCACGCAUGAUUACAGUAAAAUGACUAUGGAGUUCUUGUGGCAUGAUCAACCAGUUUUGCUCUGUGGAGAAGAGACACCAGUCAAAGCCAUUUCUUUGCAACAAUUGCAAAAUAUGCAGGCUGCUGAGUCAAUUGGGGAAUGCUUUGAAUUGUGGAC